AUGAUGAAACCCUUCAAGAGAUUGUUCCGUCGCAGCAAGUCCAAAAAGGUUGAAAAGGAGACAUCAGAUUCUGACACUUGCAUUACAACUGCAACUGAUAACCGCAACAGUCCUGUGGAGACAGCAGAGGACCAAAACUGGAAGAGUGAACUGGCACAAGCCUUCUUGGCCAAAUGGAAUGAACACGAUAUGGAAGGGGCUGGGAAAAUGGUCACUGCAGAAUAUGUUUUCGUCUUUGCAGAUAACCAAGAGAUGGAAUAUGAUGACAUGGCCCGUGAAACCACAAACGUCUUCAAUGCCUUUCCUGACUUCUACUUUCAGUAUGAUUCCAUCAAACAGCGUGAAAGUGAUGGUGUUGUGGUCGUGAGCAAUCUGGUUGCCAGUGGUCACCAUACAGCCAAACCCUAUGCCUUUGGGCCCUGUCCACCUAUUCAGCCAUCAGGAAAAUACAUACAGAACUCACCAGAAACACUCUAUUUCCACUUUAGAGAUGGAAAGAUAUGCAAGCUAAUUGUGGAUGCAGAAGGAGAAAUGACAGGACCUCCCGGCAUUUACACUCAGCUGGGUGGAUUUCCUUGUAUGUAA